UUAUAGAAUGAGAAAACUCAAUUUUGUGUAGCUUUGAAAAUGGGUAUUCCAUUGCAUGAUUGAAGUCAUAACAGAAUAGAAUAAAUCACUUCUGUUGAACUUCCAAGUUCCAAAUGCUCAAAUAGUCCAAAAUCCCAUUGUUGAUUAACCAUCACACAUAAGCAGGUUGUGGGUCUAUUAAUGUUAUCAUAGUUGAGCAUAACAUUCAUACCAUGUCUCCUUCUUGAAUAUUUCUACGUGCAAAGAGGCCCCAUCCAUGUAUGCCUGGAAUCAUACAAAGUACCCAUAAAACAGUCAGAAAAUUGACCACUAAAGCAAAUAACCCACCUUAGAAAGAGAAGAAUUACCUGCAAGUGAUAUAGGCGUUCUUAGAAAAUUAACAUAUAUUUCCCCUUCUUGUUUGAACAAGUUAAUAUUGUGAUGAAAUUGUGUGGUUUAGUGAUGAAAUUUGUGGUAGACAUUUGCAAAUCAUGGUUAGGACUACAGGAUUAGGUCAUGCCUUAGGUAGGGUUGUUGACAUAGGUAUGGAGAGAGGGGAUCGUGAUGAUUUUGACGGUGCUCCCUAGCAUCGAAGGCCUACUGCAUCGGCACAGAGGCAACGGGUACAUGUCACUGUUGCCGAUGAUGUGCAUGUGGUGCCUGUGGUACCUGUGGACUCACUUGCAGUAGUUGCUGAUCAGCCGAUGGUAGAUGCUAACGCACAGGACAUCGGUGCACACACCGGUGCAGAGGCUGCUAUAGAUGAGGCUGAGGGAUUUUCUGGUGGACUCAAGGACCCAUCAGUGCUUACGGAGUAUGUUGAGCAUGUUGCAGCCAACAUAUGGUCCGAAGAGGAACGUCCUGGGUUGAAGUUAUCCUUCCAUGGGAGGAAGGUGCAUAAAUUAGGUAGGCUUGUUCCUGCAAUUGAGGAGAUGAUUGUUGGGACAUGAUUAAGUUCUUUGAUCGCGUGUUCAGUAGACACCGGCGAUCAGGGACUUAUAUCCUCGUUUGUCGAGAGGUGACACUGGGAGACAUCUAGUUUUCAUCUUCCUGUGGGGGAGGUUUCGAUCAUGCUGGAUGAUGUCGCGUCUCUUCUUCAUCUGCCGAUCGUUGGCGACCUCCAUGCCUUCCAGCCUUUGCACAUCGAUGUGGCGAUGCUGAUGUUGGUUGAGUUACUGAUGGUCUCACCAGAGGUAGCCAUGGCCGAGACAGGACAUUGUAAUGGACCAUACGUACGCCUGUCUUGGCUACGAGACAUAUAUCAGCGCAGAUGUCAGACCCAACAUUGGACAGCUGCAGCUCGUGCUUAUCUUUUUCAUCUUCUGGGUUGCACUCCUUUUGCUAAUAAGAGUGCAACCCAUGUUCAUGUUGUGUUCUUAGACGCCUUGCGUGACCUCACUCAGACUAGGAGGUAUGCAUGGGGAGCUGUUGGCCUCGUGCAUAUGUACGAUCACCUUAAUGAUGCCAGUAUCAGCACCAACCGACAGGUUACUGGUUACAUCACAUUGUUACAAUGUUGGAUGUAUGAGCAUUUUUCGUCAGUUGCGGAGUGCAACGCUGAUCCAGACUACGACGAGGUGUCACCACGUGCGUGUCGGUGGAUUGCCACGAAGAAGACUGUCAAGAAGAUAUCUACAGUGACGUACAGGCAGCGCUUGGAUCGUCUCAGGAUUCCAGAUGUCUGCUGGAUGCCAUAUUGGGAGCACCGACCGGUCCAGGACUUUCAUUUGAUUUCAUGUUUUUCAGGACAGCUCCGCUGGGGUUCCGUUGUUGUCAGAUGCAGGCCGAAGAGGGUUAUGCGCCAGUUUGGAUACGUCCAGGGUAUUCCUGCACACCCUGACGGUUCAUGGCUGUCAUUUGAUGACGUAGACAAUAAGUGGACGCACUACUCAGACCAUCUUGCGCAGCAGGUGACAUAUGUGUUGUGCUUGGUUAGUGUGCGCCCGACUACAUAGACUGAUUCUUCGUCAUAUCGCAUCCAUUCAUGACUGCGCCACAGACAUCAGAUCCUCCUCGAGAUGCAUCUGUGACGCAACCUAGACGUAUCCCUCAGGUGCCAGAGUCACGUAUCCCUCAGGAGCCAGCAACAACAUCGACACAUGCGGAUUCUGAUGCGGACAAGCCUAGACAUGCAAUGGUAAGUGUUACUAUUUGGUUAGAUGUAUGUCAUUUACUUGAAUUAUUUUAAUACUAAUUUGUAUAAUUCGUUUGUUUUCAAUUUAAUGGGAGGCUUGCCAUGCCAUCGCCAAGACAUUGGAGCAUCAUCUCAGCCUAAAUGAAGUCACGCUAGGCACAUCGACACAUGAGGUCAUCUAAAAAAUGUCUCAGGAUUACCAGGGAUGUCACAGAAGACGACAAUGUGUAUGCGAGGUCUCGACGUAGGCGGCGCACAGAUCAAUCAUAGUUUAUUCACACCUUUGAUAUUAUCAGUUUUGGACGAUGUAUUUGACUGAACAUUUUGUAUAUUUUAAGUUAUUUUGGUUAA